GCGUCUCGGCCAUCCUGUGUUUUCCCGUGGUAGACACUGGGAAUUCCGUCGACGGCCAUAGCUACGAGCAGAACACGUUGUCCCAAGUGCCGAGAGAGAGAGAGAGAGAGGCACGAAACAGGCGAAGGGCGACAUCGCUCCGCACGUGGGUGGAAGAUAAGGCGCCAGCGAGGGCAGGGGAGAGCACGUCUGCGUAACGUGACGGGAGGUGACGGGGAGGGCGCGCGGGCGGAAAUUCGACGCGGAGAGAGAGAGAGAGAGAGAGAGAGAGAGAGAGANAGAGAGAGAGAGAGAGAGAGAGAGAGAGAGAGAGAGAGAGAGAGAGAGAGAGAGAAUUGGGCUUUCAAGGCGAUAGAGAGCGCGAGGUUCUUGAGAGAUGUCGCGCGCGGCGGUAACGAAAUUGCGCGGGGUUGUGAGCCGGAUCCUUGCCGCCCCGCGAGGGUCGGUUACUGUUUCUCCUCCUGUACCCUUUCCGCAGCUUUCCGCUGCCAGCGGUGUAAGCAGUAGCGGUUCCGGCGCAAGGGUGAGCGCAUCGGCCAGCGGAUGUCAUGCGCGCGCUUUAUCGACGGCUGCGUUUUCUGGUCGUUCUUUCUGGACAGCAGGGGGAUGUCGUCUCGCGGCCGUUGUUGCUGACAAUUCUUCCACCUCUGACGAGUCAAACCACAUCGAGAGGGAGAUGACCGGUUUGGAGAGGGAGGAACUUGAAGGCGAAUUGACAGGAAAGAAGAGGUUCGAUCUGGAGCCGCCACGUGGGCCUUUUGGAACGAAGGAGGCGCCAGCCAUCAUCGAGUCGAAAUUCGAGUGGCGGAUUGUUGGGUGUUCAGGAGGGGUGGGUGAGGAGGAACACGACGUGGUGUGGUUUGAGUUGAAGAAAGGCCAAAAUUAUGAAUGCCCAGUUUGCUCUCAGGUGUUUCAAUUGAAGACCAUUCCUGAUGCGGCGGGCGGUCACUAAGCAAUUCUGCUCUUUUUUUUUUUUCACGUCGUGAAUGGCCAGUUUGCUCUCAGGUGUUUCAGUUAAAGACUAUUAUAUGUGAUAUGGCGGGCGGCCACCAAGUAAUUGUGUGCAUUUUUUGUCGUCCAAAACUUGCAGUGUGUCUGUAAGAAAGAGCGGGAGAGAACGCGGCAACGGGGUCUUAAUUAAGAACCCUCCACUUGUCAACGACCUACCCAUCUAGUGGUCAUAAAGCCAGCCGGUAUAUACUCUUGCGGUUUGUGGUGAGGAGAGGCAUUCAAGAGACACGAUGUAUGAGGGGUCAGUAGUGUUCAUGUAAGAAGGGAUGCUGAGCGAUUGCACAUUCU